GAAAAAUGAAAGAACCAGUCCCUGUCAGAACAAGGUUAUUAAAAAGCUGAAAUCUGAUCCCAAAAGUUUUGUAUAUAUAAUCUCCAGCUGUCGAACUGUUUGAAAGAAUCAGCUCAUCACAAGUUUGAUUUUGGAGAUUGAUGGCUUGUACCUGACAAAAUCAUAUUGAAUUUAAUGCAAUUUUUCUCAUUCGCCACUGCCACAAAGCCUGCUAAAUGCGUGUGAUUUUCAUUCAGCUUGAAAUGUCGAACUGGAGAAAGAAUAAGUGGAUUCGAUGAAAAACUACAUGGGAUUUUGAUUUCUGGAUCUAAAUCGAGCUAGGUCUUUGUGGGUUCGUUUUUUUUUUUUGUUUGGUUAUUUGUUUGAGCGAGAGAAUGCCACUGGAAUCGGCGUCGGAGCAGGAGGGGGAGGGUUCCGACACCGAGCCGGAGUUUGUCGAGGUUGAUCCUUCCGGCCGAUAUGGACGGUAUAAGGAGAUCCUUGGUAGAGGAGCUUUCAAGAAAGUGUAUCCUUUUUCUGCUUCUCUAUACAGAGCAUUUGAUGAAUGGGAAGGUAUAGAGGUGGCUUGGAAUCAGGUUAAAGUGGCUGAUCUCUUGAGGAACUCGGUCGAUUUGGAGCGGCUGUACUCCGAAGUGCAUUUGCUGAAAACCCUUAAACACAAGAAUAUUAUCAAAUUUUACAAUUCGUGGGUCGAUACGAAGAAUGAGAAUAUCAACUUCAUUACUGAAAUCUUUACAUCUGGGAAUCUGAGGCAGUAUCGGAAAAAACAUAAGCAUGUUGACGUGAGGGCAUUAAAGAAAUGGUCCAGACAAAUCCUCGAGGGGCUUUUCUAUCUUCAUAGUCAUGACCCACCAGUUAUUCAUCGUGACUUGAAGUGUGAUAACAUAUUUGUUAAUGGAAAUCAAGGGGAGGUGAAAAUCGGUGAUCUCGGACUUGCUGCCAUCCUUCAGCAAGCUCGUUCUGCUCAUAGCGUGAUAGGCACUCCUGAAUUUAUGGCGCCAGAGCUUUACGAGGAGGAAUAUAAUGAGCUUGUGGACAUAUACGCGUUUGGUAUGUGCUUACUGGAGCUAAUGACACUUGAGUACCCUUAUGUUGAAUGUGCCAACGCGGCUCAGAUAUAUAGGAAAGUGACAGCAGGUAUCAAGCCUGCAUCAUUAGGAAAAGUGAAGGAUCCUGGGGUCCGUGAAUUUAUAGAGAAAUGCAUUGCAAAAGUCUCUGAUCGAUUAUCCGCCAAAGAACUACUGAUGGACUCGUUUCUACUAUCUGAUGAAGAUUCCGGAAGUAUAGAUCAUUCACUUCAGGCCCAUUCUUCCAAUCCAGAUGAUAUUGAAAAACCCGAUUUUUCUGUGCUCGAGGGAAGCCGAGACUUUAUGGUGCAAGGCCAGAGAAAAGAUCAUAACACGAUAUUUCUGAAACUCCGUAUAGCAGAUUCAUCAGCUUCAGAUCAUGUUCGCAACAUUCAUUUCCCGUUUGAUAUCGAGGUGGAUACCUCGACUGAUGUUGCUCGGGAAAUGGUCGAGGAACUCGAUCUAACGGAUCACGAUGUCUCGGUUAUAGCUGCAAUGAUCGACUCUGAAAUCCGGUACCAUAUUCCUGAUUGGGCCCCACGAGGGCCCUCGAGUGACAACGAUUCUCCAAAAUCUGGACCACCUAUUCUUGAAAAGCUUCCUUCCGGAAGAAAAUACUGGUCAGACUCCCCCAAACUGAGUCGUGAAAGCUCGCCACUAAGAUCAUUAGCUCCAUCUAAUCUGCUUUUGCCCGAUUCAGCUGCUUAUGGGGAAAGCUCGUCUGAGGCGAAUUCACAAUCACCUGUUAGUCAUAAAGAUGUGAACAGUUUAUCGGGUGGUUCUCCUCUCAAGCAUGAAAACCAUGAUGAUGAUACAAAUUACGAUGAUGAAUGUAAAAAUCGAGGUGACUUGGACCCUCAAGACUCUCAAUAUGGUGAUCUUGGGUUUGCUACACUAACUGUGGAAGAAAAUAUGAUGCUGAGAGAUUUGGAUACUGUUGACAUAAGAAGUAUUGUGGAGAAACUCGAGAAUGUGUUGGAUGAGCAGGUGAAGGAGCUAGAUGAGCUGAAGAAGAAACAUGAACUAAUUGUUUCGGAUCUGUUGAAGGAACUACCCGACGAGAUUCUUGAGAGAGUUCUUAGCAUUUGUAAACAGAAGAUAACCGAACAUAAAUUUCGCUAUGAGGGAUUGAAGAAUUCUGCAGAAGAUGAACUUACAAAUCUUCUUUGACGAUGUCUCAAGAUGUUUGGAGAUUAUGAGAGUAUAUGAAGCUAUGAGGGGGACCAUAAUUUAAAGGUAAAGAAGUGUUAAUUCAUUUGUUUUCGAGAUGAAAAUUUCUGUUCUGAGUUCGAGAGAUGAAUGAAAUGGCAGAGUCAAGCUGUAUAUACGUACGUGGGUUGAAUAACUUGGCGUGUAAAUCUCUUUAGAGCAUGCACUGCGUUACAGUAAGAUAAGAAUUGCUGCUGCACAGAUUGUUCGGAUUUUUCUGAAGUCUUGCAAUCAUGUUUUUAGUAAGCCUAAGAGAUUAUGUUAUAGAGAAUAUGAAGACCUUUUACACUUUUUUUUUUUGUCGUAAUCAACGGGUCAUUUACCCUAUGAAGCAUACUGUAUACCUGUACAGAUUUGUGUUUAUUGUUAAUACGGCUGAGUGUCAAGUUUUCAGGAAAACUUUUUUUGUUUUAUCUUUGGUGUUACUGAACAUUGUUUGUGCCUCAAGUGCAUGGAGGCUAAUUUGGAAUGUGCUAUUGCCCAUGUUUGGUGCAUCUUGCGUUUUGGGCAUGAUCUUUGAUUUAAUUCACAUAUCCUGCAAUAGAUUGAUACACUC